AUGGCCACCAUCCAGUCAGAGACUGACUGUUACGACAUCAUUGAGGUGCUAGGCAAGGGUACCUUUGGGGAGGUGGCCAAGGGCUGGCGGCGGAGCACAGGGGAGAUGGUGGCCAUCAAGAUCCUGAAAAAUGAUGCCUACCGGAGCCGCAUCAUCAAAAAUGAGUUGAAGCUGUUACGCUGCAUGCGAGGCCUAGACCCCGACGAGGCCCACGUCAUCCGCUUCCUUGAGUUCUUCCAUGACGCCUUUAAGUUUUACCUGGUCUUUGAGCUGCUGGAGCAAAACCUCUUUGAGUUCCAGAAAGAAAACAACUUCGCACCCCUUCCUGCCCGCCACAUCCGCACUGUCACGCUCCAAGUGUUGAGAGCACUGGCAAGGCUCAAGGAGCUGGCCAUCAUCCACGCUGACCUCAAGCCUGAGAACAUCAUGCUGGUGAACCAGACCCGAUGCCCUUUCCGGGUGAAGGUGAUCGACUUCGGCUCAGCCAGCAUCUUCAGUGAGGUGCGCUACGUGAAGGAACCGUACAUCCAGUCCCGCUUCUACAGGGCCCCAGAGAUCCUGUUGGGGCUGCCCUUCUGUGAGAAGGUGGACGUGUGGUCUCUGGGCUGCAUCAUGGCCGAGCUCCAUCUGGGCUGGCCCCUCUACCCAGGCAACAAUGAGUAUGACCAGGUGCGGUACAUCUGUGAGACCCAGGGCCUGCCCAAGCCCCACCUACUGCGCGCCGCCCGCAAGGCACACCACUUUUUCAAGCGCAACCCCCACCCAGACUCCAGCAACCCCUGGCAGCUUAAGUCCUCGGCUGAGACCAAGGUGCGACCACUAGAGCGCCGCAAAUACAUGCUGAAGUCCUUGGACCAGAUUGAGACAGUGAACGGUGGAGGGGCAGUGAGUCGGCUGAGCUUCCCAGACAGGGAGGUGCUAGCGGAACAUGCAGACCUCAAGAGUAUGGUGGAACUGAUCAAGCGCAUGCUGACAUGGGAGUCACACGAACGCAUCAGCCCCAGUGCGGCCCUGCGACACCCCUUUGUGUCCAUGCAGCAGCUGCGGAGCGCCCACGAAGCUACCCGCUACUACCAGCUGUCCCUGCAAGGCUGCCGCCUGUCACUACAGGUGGAUGGCGAGUCAUCCCCACCUGUCAUGGCCACUGUAGAGGAUGGGCCCCCCUACUACCGCCUGGCAGAGGAGGAGGAGACUGGGGGCCUGGGUGGUGUAGCAGGCAAUGGGCCCCUCUUCAGGGAGGAGAAGGCUCCUGGCAUGCAAAGAGCCAUUGACCAGCUUGAUGACCUGAGUCUGCAGGAGGCCAGGCGAGGGCUGUGGAGUGACACCCGGGCAGAUGUGGUCUCUGACAUGCUGGCUCCACUCAAGGUAGCCGACACUGGCCAUCGGGUCCCUGACUCGGGCCCAGAGCCUAUCCUGGCCUUCUAUGGCAGUCGCUUGGCUGGCCACCGCAAGGCCCGCAAGGCACCGUCAGGCUCCAAAUCUGACUCCAACUUCAGUAAUCUCAUCCAGUUGAGCCAGGCCUCACCAGAGGAUACUGGACCCUGCCAGGGCAAUGGCUGGGAGGAAGAAGGCCGAGGGGCCUCGACUGAGCCAUCUGCCAUCCCACAACGAGAUGGACCCAGCAUCAAAGAUAGGACCAUGGAUGCUGAGAGGUCAGGCCCUGAGCUCUUUGAUCCCAGCAGCUGUCCAGGAGAGUGGCUGAACGAGCCAGAAUGGACCCUGGAGGGUACCCGAGGGUCAAGGGCUCAAGGACUCCCACCCCGCCAUCCCCACCCACAUGGGCCACCCUGGGCCACCAACUUUCUGCAGCAUGUUGGUGGGCACCACUGACGGGGACCCUACCCUGUCUGUUUCCAGGGUCUGAGCCAGCUGGGCUGGUAUCUCCUCUUGACCUAAAACCACUCCUCAGAGCCAUCCUCUGAACCCACAAAUUAUUCUUGCAGAAAAAUAGUUAUCUGUAAUGUUCCUACGUUCCCACCCCCGGCACAUGACUACUUCCCACCCCAAGUGUUGGAGGCCUUUAGUGUUUGGGCCAUGCUCCUGCUCCCGGCCAGUGAGUUAGGAAGAGGGCUGUACCCCACUGGCCAUGAGUGUGCCUGGGCCCUCCUGCCUCUGCCUAUUUCAAUAAAUAACUUCCAAAUCCUGCCUCCUGCCUGUUCUCACUGCCUGCACUGACUACGUGGGGCCCCCUCCUAGCACCCAGGGCCUGCCUGCCUCAGGCUAUGACUGGUUGGCCACUGGCUGAGGCCAGUUACCAUGGCACUGAAAAGUAAAGGCUGUGUAGGGCACACUAAUAUAUCCCCUAAAUAUACUCAAUUAUACCUGGCAUGGAGUGGGUUUAUAUUCCCAGAACUUGGGAAACUGAGGCAGAAGAGGAUCACAAGUUCAAGACCAGCUUGGGCUCAUUGAGAAAAUUUGUCUUAAAAAAAGGCAGGUGUGGGUGGGGGGAGAACUGGAGAUGGCUCAGUGGUUAAGAAACAUGAUAUUCUUCCAGAGGAUCCAAGUUCAAUUCCCAGCA